AUUCUUUUGACUUGUUCAUCAUAGCUCCAACUAUUCAUCAUCAAUAUGUACAAACAAUUCGUUAGAGGUUUUGCCUCCUCUGCUCCUGCCAGAAACUACGCCAGCACCAUUAAGAACUUGAAAAUUACCAAGGACACCAAGGUUAUUUACCAAGGGUUCACCGGUAAGCAAGCUACUUUCCACGCUGAACAAGCUAUUGCAUAUGGUACCCAAGUUGUUGGUGGUAUCAACCCAAGAAAGGCUGGUUCCACUCACUUGGAUUUACCAGUUUUCGGUACUGUCGCUGAUGCCAUGAAGGAAGCUGGUGCCACUGCUACUGGUAUCUUUGUUCCACCUCCAUUGGCUGCCGCUGCCAUUGAAGAAGCCAUUGCUGCUGAAAUUCCUCUUGCUGUUGCCAUCACUGAAGGUAUUCCACAAAAGGAUAUGGUUAGAAUUGCUCAAAUCUUGAAGACCCAAGACAAGACCAGAUUAGUUGGUCCAAACUGUCCAGGUAUCAUUGCUCCAGAUCAAUGUAAGAUUGGUAUUAUGCCAUCUUCUAUCCACAAGAAGGGUAAAGUCGGUGUUAUCUCCCGUUCUGGUACUUUAACUUACGAAGCUGUUGCUCAAACCACUGCUGUCGGUUUAGGUCAAUCUUUAGUCAUUGGUAUGGGUGGUGAUCCAUUCCCAGGUACUAACUUUAUUGAUGCUUUAACCUUGUACUUGAGUGAUCCAGAAACCGAAGGUAUCAUUUUAAUUGGUGAAAUUGGUGGUUCUGCUGAAGAAGAAGCUUCUGAAUUCUUGAAGCAACACAACUUGACCAGAGAUGUUCCAAAGCCAGUUGUUUCCUUCAUUGCUGGUGUUUCUGCUCCUCCAGGUAGAAGAAUGGGUCACGCCGGUGCCAUUGUUGCCGGUGGUAAGGGUGAUGCCAAGAGUAAGAUUGCCGCUUUAGAAUCUGCUGGUGUUGUUGUUGAAAAGUCUCCAGCUAGAUUAGGUAAAUCCUUGUUGGCUGAAUUCGAAAACAAGGGUCUCUUGUAAAAAGUUGGGUAAGAUUUAGCUGAAAUAUAUAUGUAUAGUUCUAAGAAACUUAGAUAGAUUUUAUUAUGUAGUUGUCAAUGAGCAUUCACUGAGAUAAC